AUGACGAAACAUCGUGGACAAUACGGCGGCAACUUUAAAGGAAAAAAACAUCAACGUAGUAAAAAGCAAGAUGGUGGUUUUGGCGGAAUUAUACUGGAUCAUUACUUAUCAAAAAAGACAAAAAGAAAAAGUAAAAAUCCUUAUGCAAGAAAACAACGUGGAGGCGGUGCAGGAUUAGCUAUGGCUGCAGGUUUAGCAAUACCUGCUAUUUUAGGUGCUGCUACAAAAAUAUUACCAGGUAUCUUUGGUAAAGCGAAAAAAGCACCGGUAACUAAUAAUAAUUACGGUCGAGGACAACAACGUGCACCUCCACCACAAUAUUAUCCCCCACCACAAUAUUAUCGUCCACCACCACAGUAUUAUUCAAGACCCCCCCAACAACAACGUUAUCAACCAAGACCCCCACCACCUAGACCUAAACAAAAAGGUGGACGUGUUAAUAAAAAACGUAGACGUAAAACAAUUUGGUAG